GGGAGCAUGGCCGCCCUGGCACGGCUUCUGGAGAGGCUGGAGGGACUCCGGGAGGAGUAUUUCCUUACGAACAGAGCUAUAGAUGAAGACAGAAAAAGAAAGUACAAAGCUGCUGUCAAGAUCCAGUGCUGGUUUCGAGCAUGCAGAGUCCGAGCCUAUCUGAGACAUCUGAGCAAAAUGGUGAUUUUGAUACAGAAGUCGUGGAGAGGUUAUCUAAGAAGAAAACACUUCAGAGAAAUAGUUGAGAGAGCAUAUUUUAUUAAGAAGUUGAAAUUCUACAAUGAAAUGGCUGUCAGGAUCCAGAAAACGUGGCGAGGCUAUUACGUUCGGAAGUAUAUCCAUAAUUUUUGUGCACUGAAGAAGUACCUGAAAGCUGUUUCUAUGAAUAACGAGCUUGUCAGGCAUGAACUUCAAGAGUAUGCAGAAAUGAAGGAAAAUGAAGAGAAAAUGAAAGACCUAGAAAAGAAAGAAAAGGAAAAGAAAUACCGAGCCCGAAAGAUGCAUUACCUCCUUAGCACUGAGCAGAUUCCAGGCAUCUACAAUUCGCCAUUCAGGAAAUCCCCAGAUCCAAUGGAACUGCUGCUACGGAAGUCAAAGCCACUGACCCACAGAAAGCAGCCAGUGAAGAGCCCCUUUGCUGAUGAACUCUAUGGCUGGCCAACCUGUAAAGAGCCUCCAGCUUUUGUCACAUCACUGCCUCUGCUACCUGCUGACAGACAGAAACCUCAGGGGCCUUUCCGUGAUCCUGCUGAAGUGCUGCGGCAGCGCUACAAGCCUUUGGAACCAACCCUGCGAGUGAGAGAAUCAAUGUAUUCACCACCAGCCAAGGCCAGAGAGCCAACCCGAAGGGAAGAAUGGAGAAAUCCCAUCCAUGACAAUAAAUUUCUGCCAUUUUCUUCAUAUCAUAAAAAUUAUGAGAAGUAUGAGCCAUCACUUUUUAAGUCAGGCAAAUAUGGCCAAGAAGCUUAUGGAACUAAAUAUUUCAGAGAAGUAUACCCUAAUAAGUGGAUAGCAGACAAGGACUUUGAAACACUGUUUUCAUCAAUUGCUCUCUUUGAAAAGUUUGGAAAAACUUACUCCAGCACUGGGCAAAUAGUGUAAUUGUCCUGGAGACUAAAAAGCAUGAGACACAUGAAAAGUUGUCAACAAAUGUAUUUCAGCAAAUACACAGCAGGAUGGUGACUGAAUGUCCCAUAAAAUACUCUUUUUGUGAUGUA